CGCCGCGCGGCGCUUACGUUUACAGCGCGACACCGCGUCGCCCGCUCCCAAUACAAAGAACACCUCAGUAUUGUAAAAAAUCUGUGAUGUAUUGAUUAAUUUCAACUUUAUACGAACAGAAACGCUAAAGUUAGACACGUACGUCGCGUUUAUACAGUGCUCGCUGUGCUUCAUGAAUGUGAUUUGGACGCGUUUUCACGGCGGACCACGGCCUAUGGAAUUUCGUAUUAUCGCCGACUAGAAUCUGGCGUGUAGAGGAAUAUGGUGGACUCACUGUGUUGAAAAGUGAACUGUGCGCUAUCCCGUGUCGCAGUGUUAGUUUUAUUAUGAUAAACGUUCGUAACAUGUUCGUAUAAUAUAAAUAUGGAUUGGUGUGUGUGCGGUGGAGACGCGUAGAAUAGCAUCUUCUGUUGGAUAAUGAUACUUGGUUGAACCAGUAAGAAAUGGUUUCCCUAACUUAUUUCGGGCUGAGGCACACGCCGUGGACUGUUCUCGUGUUGAUUUUCUUCAUCGAGAGCGUGAUGGGGAACUAUGCUAAGUCAUUCUACAUACACUGGAACACAACAAACAGCAUAUUCAGAAUAGACAACACCGACCACGUAUUCGACUUGAAUAAAGGCAACGCACAGUUUGAGUAUGACCAAGUAAAUAUAAUAUGUCCAGUGUACACGCCCGGCACCUACGAGGAAGACACGGAAAAGUAUAUAAUAUACAACGUUAGUAAAGAAGAGUACGACACUUGUAGAAUAACCAAUCCAAACCCUCGCAUAAUAGCGAUAUGCGACAAGCCGCACAAACUGAUGUUUUUCACCAUAACGUUCCGGCCGUUCACGCCGCAGCCCGGCGGGCUGGAGUUCCUGCCGGGCAAGGACUAUUACUUCAUAUCGACGUCCAGUAAAGACGACCUGCACAGACGCAUCGGCGGCAGAUGCCUCAGUCACAACAUGAAGCUGGUGUUCAGGGUGUGUUGCAAGCCGGAGGAGCAGUCGCCGGCGCCGCCGCCGCAGCCGACGCCCCCGCCGCCGCCGCCGCCUCCGACCACCAGCACCACCACCACAACCACCACCACCGUGAAGCCGGUCACCAAAAAGACGCACAAGUACGACAAGACGCCGAACGAGGUGAUCAAGAGCGAGGAGCUGUCGCACUCGCGCGGCGCCGCGCUCGCCUCGUCCCUCGCCCUGGCCCUGGCCGCGAGCGCGGUGCUGGCGCCGCUGGCUCGGUGAAUGUGCGCUCGGGCGGCCAGGCGUCCACGCCCCGACCUCCUGGCCAAGCCGGGCCCAACCCAGCCCAUGCAGACGCUGCACAUUCGUCCGGACACUCUAGUCUUCACGUGAAUGUUGUGUCCUGUGAACAUUGUAAGUAAAGUGAUCGUGGCCCGCGACUUAACACGGACAGUGGAAACUCCAAACGUGAGCCUAAAAUGUAACUAUCGGCCCUACUGAAUAAUCGAAUGGAUAUAAACGGAUUGUUUUUUUUAAACGAAAAAAACGUAGUUAUGAACUCAGUUAAAUAUAUAUAAAAAAAUGUUAACGGAUAUAAUAAUUAGGUUUCUUAAAACCAUUAGGAAUUAAACGAUUUUUUAUAUUUUUCAUUAUGGCAAUGGAUAUUAUAAGACUAGCGGUCCGCGGAUCGAUCAGUAUGAAUUAUUAUAGGCGAAAUCUUAUAGACGAUUAGGAAACGUUUUUGAUUUAGAGUCCAAAAGACAUGUUUCUUUAUUUUUUCCCCUUGUCUAGAAUUUAUUUAUGUGUAAAAAAAAGCUGGGGCGAGUUGUGAAUCUUGUCCAGGAAAUCUGUGAUUUUUGGUUUUAUUUAGGAUGUAAUUAUUUCUCUUUAUAUGCUUUUUUAUGUGAUAUGAAGUUGAUUACUUGGAUUCUUCACCGACUGAAUUUUGCAUUCUAGCUUUUUACAAAUCAUGUUUAUUACAGCUUCAAAAAUGGCUUCUAAUGGCGGCUUCGAAAACAAAUUAUUUUCUUAUGACUUUGCUUAAGAAGUUCCGUUUAGAAGUAUACAAUUAUUAAGGCCUAAAUGUGUCAAAAAUAAUCUGUUUCCAAAAUAUUUUUCCAAAAAAACCCAGGGACAUUAAUAAGUAAUUAUGUUAAGUAAGGAAAUAUUGUACGGCGUUGUCUGGGCACGUUUUUUUGGAAAAUAUUUUGGAAAACGACACAACAUCUUGCAGCACACUUUGUGCCAUUAUGUGAAAGUGUUAAAUACAUUUUUUACAUUAUACAAAAUAGUCAAAUAGUUAAAUAGUAGAAAUAAUAGACCGGUUUUCAGUUAGACAUACGCAGUUAGUGACAGUUGAUAUUUUUAGGUAGUUUCUAAGAACGCGUUUGAGUUUCAAAUUGUUUUUGUUAUGCAGGCCUUGCCGAGGCGACAUAGCGAUUUGGACAGGACUUUGAAGUUGUUCAUUGUCGUGUUAAUGACAUUAAAAUUAAUAGAACACAAACUAGAUCUAAACUGCAUUUUAUUCAACUUCUAUCUCAAAGGAAACAAAAAACAACAAAAAAAAUCUCCAUCCAUAAUAAUUAAGUAAAUUUGAUACUUUUAUAACACAAAAACAUUAAACAUUCGUCUCCAAAAUUUCUCUAUAUAAAAUAUUCUCCAUCAAAAAUGAAUUUUGAGGCUGACUGAGUUUGGCAGUUAAAAAUCGGAUCACUCAUAUCUAUCCCGAUUUGGAUAUGCGCCCAAAUGCCCCAAAAUUUCAACAAUAUUGCGCUGGCAGUGGCAUAUGUAGACAUUUUUUACUACAACUUAACAAGCGUCGAAUUGACGUCCCCUCUUACAUGCCCGAGAGCGUUAGUACAUUCUCAUAAAAAUGGUUAAUGCUGUUUCACUUAGCGUUGUCUCUCUCCCUCUUACGGUUUUAAACUGAGAGAGAAAGUGACAAAAGUAGUGGCUAAAAUGCUAUGGAGUGUGGAAAUGGAGCGGAUAGAAUCUAUGGUGAAAACUAAACUAGGGACCUGUUUAACAACGUCCGAGUAAAUGGUAAUAGAGUUCAAAAUCACUAGUUUGGUGGCAGAUGAAUUACUUGGGAGGUGUUUAUUGAUCACCGCCAGUUUCGGACUGAUUUUAAACCGUGAGGUUUUAUAAUUAAGAUUUAUGUAAUGAAUGCAGUAAAAUCAAAACGUAAUUCGAAACUUAAGACGUUAGUAUCGUCGCCGAAAUCUUUAUAACAAAUUAAAAAUCCUUAAACAUCGAUUUGGAUAUAUUAAAGUGUAAUAAAAGGUUCUCAUAAGUGUAAUUUAAAUUAUAUGCUGUUCAAAAUACGGCUGUCCAUUUUGAGCAUUGCGAUCAGUGAAUAUUUGCAGUUUUUUAUACUGCACCUGAUGUUAAGUGGAGUGGGGUUCAAUAGAAGGUCGAAUAAGAGAUGAUUACCCCUCGGCAGUUGCUAUAAUUAUGUCGGCCUGUUAAAACCAGAUAUGUACAGACUGAUCUCGAAACACGACACAUUUAUAUGGGCCACUAUAGCGGGUUUUAACACCUUGUGUACGGGUGGUCCCUAUCCUGGCAGAUAUAAAUAUGUCCUACCAGCAAAAUAAAAUAUAUUUUCUGCAGACCGGCUAUAAAACGCAAAAUUACUUUGGUACGUUAAAUCUAAGCAGUUCUAAAGUUUUUAUUAAUAAUCUCAUAUCCCGUUUAAUAACAUUGCCUCGGAUAUUGUGAAACACGAUAUAAAUAUUUACAUCAAAUUGACAUCAAAGUCCAAAUGUUACAGUGAAACAGCUAAUUACUGUGAGACAGGAGGAUAGGUAAUUUAAAAAACAAACGACCGCUCGUGUCUGCCCUAAUGCAUUGUUUUCUAAACAAGUUUUAUAAACGUACUAUUUGUGUUUAUCUCCGUUCACUUGGCUAGGAGCUUGUAAUGUUUACGGAGUCAGGAUUUGAAAUUCUGACACUGACACGUCAGAUUAGGCACUUGCCUGAUGUGACGUGUCAGUAAGGCUACGGAGUCAGGAUUGGAAAUUCAUUUGAAAUUCUGGCAGACUGGCAUUUGCCGAAUCUGAGGUGUCAGUAUGUUAGACUAUUGACUGAUUAUCUUCCUGUAAUGUUUAAAAUAAUAUGCUCAUGAAAGUGGUUUAUAAUGGCAUGUUAAGUCAGGUGGCCAAUAGAGUGGAAUAUGCGUGGAGUGAUUAAUAGCAUUAUUGAUCUUAUUCUUGAAGUAUUUUGUAGUAUCUAAAUAUUUUUACUAUACAGCUAGAUUGAGCUAGCAGGCCUAAGUUCAACGAAGUUAAUUCAAUAACUACAAAGUUUAAUAUUUAUGAAAAUCUAGUUUUUUCGACAAAAUAUAUUAAUAUUUUUUAAAUAUGUCCAGUCAUGAACUUUUUAUACUAAGUUUUGGAAUGUAAUUGUACAAAUAAUCCUUAAUGCCAACAUUCAAUUCCUCUAGAACAUAGUGCUUCGUUAAUUAUAUAAAAAAUAGGGUGUACUUUUUAAAACUCAACUUCAUAAACCUAUGUUGUAGGUCCAAUUUGGCCUAAAUAACUUCAGGAUCAAAAGAAAGAGUCCACGCCCUAUCAGGUAUCAAUAGACACUCCGGUGACAUGUCUACGUGCCACUGACGAUAUGAUAGUAAACAUUGAUAAGAGAGUAAACACACUUAUCUAGUGUACAAUGCGGCUGGUCAGUUAUGUUAUCACACCGAAUUCUAAUGUCAAGGAAGUAAAACCUGCUGUAUUAUCGUCGUUUUAGAUAACAACGUUUAUAUUUACUGUUUGCACUAUUCAUCCUUAGGGAUCUUCAACAUUAUCUGUAUAUUGUUACUUUGUCAUAUAUUUCUACUUGGGAAUUUCUGGAUUUUAUAACAACCUUCUUCAUCCAAUGAAUUCUUUGGAAUACAUAUUAUUAGCUUCUGUUUCAUCAUUCACUAAGCGUAUAUCAUCCUGAAUGAGCACAUUGCCAGAAUCAAUAUUAUCGUUUCCAUAUUUCAAUGGUUAAUUCAAGAGAUUAGUCGUAAAUCAAUCUAAUUAGUAUUUAUUGUGUUUAGAAUUUCCUUUUACCUGGAUGACAAAUAUGUCUGCCAAACUCAAUAUUGUCGUUGGCAUAUCUCAAGAGUUAAUCCAUCGGAUUAUUCGUAAAUUGAACUAAUUAGUGUAUGAAGGAUCUUCUUUUAUUAUAAAGGAAAUGUCAUACUAAGACGAUCUUAAGGCGAGCUCUCCGCCAAUGCGUUGAGUGGUUCUAUUUUUACUUAGAGCAAACGGUUAAACGUCUACCAAGGGAUUUCUGGGUACACCGUGCUGAGUUGUCUUUUGGCUAUUUUAGGAAAGAAGGGCUUGUGAAUGAGCGCACGUCUUAACUCGGGUGUUUUAAUGUUUUUUGGAAAAAAAAAAACAACGGUUUGAUUGAGUGAGAUGUUUUCUUAAUUUCUGGUCGGAGAUGUCUAACCCAAAAUAGGUAUUGACAGUCAUACCUCACACUACGAUUCUAAAAAAUUCAAAUAAACACUGUAUUGUCGAUAUAAUCAUAAGAAUACAAUUGGUCAAGGCAUUAAUUUAACAGCAAGGAACAGACUCGUAUUUGGCCAUUAGAAAUUAUACAGGACUGUAACUUAUGCCUUCGGACUUAAUUUAUGUUGUUUAUCUCUUUGAGAUUCGACAUAUCCAAUUAGCCUUGGAUUACUUUACAACUGGAUGUAUUUAUUAAUCCUUAUUCAAUUACAAUAAGAACCAGAUUUUCAGCAAAUCAAUAGAUGUUACUUCAAUAUUUUGGCUACUAUUGUAAUCUUAAUCAGUAAUCCAUCUUCUUCUAAUGAUCUGCAAUUAAUAUAUCUAUCCUAUUACGGCAGGAUCAUGAACAUUUCUCAUUAAGAUUUAUUACCAAACAAAGUUUUAAUUAAAACAUCGCGGUAUCUGGGCUUACAUAAUCAACACUAGAUAACUAAACAUUCGACUUAUACGGUAGUAUGCUGUAGGGUUGUCUGAGAACGAAAACAUUCCAUAAUGUCUUAUGAAUUUGUAGUUUCUUUCUAUAUACGACGAUUAAACCUCGAUUUGUCUCUUCAUUCAGUUUCAUUCAUUGUUUUUUUGAUGAGCCCUAUGAAAUUGGAGUUUCUCUCAAUUUACGUCGCUUGACCAUCGCGUUGUCUUCAUUCACUUGUAUUAAUUGUUUUUUAAGAUAAGCUAUCGGUCUUUUAAUCAAUGAAUACUUAUACAUCUUUACCAUGAUUGCCUCGAGUAUCAGAGUACACAGAUUUCGAUUUUAGCACCAGAACAAAUAUUUGAUGAUAGCACAUUUAUCUUUACAGUUAGAAAGAAUAACAAAUCUAUAUGUAACUUGUAAAUUUGUAAACAAAAUGAGUUCAAAAUUUCAUCAUUUCAAAGAAGUUAUCAAAUUCUACUAAGACGGGAUACAAAAGAAAGCAUCGUGCUAUAUCUACCUUUAAAUUCUGAACUCUACCAAUUCAAAUUCGCGUGGUAACCCUCAAGCUGAAAAUAUAACCAAAUUUUCAAUACACGAUUAGUUUAUUAUCAAAAGCACGAUACAGUUCGUUUAACCGGCAGUUUAACUUAGAUAAAUCAGACGGUUAACGAGAUUGAGUUACGAUGUUAACUCGGAACGUGUUGGCAGACUUAGUUUGUUUACGCGAUUACAAGGCGGGGGUUCAGUUUUAUGUCCACCGUAUGUUCAUUCAUAAGUAAAAAUAUUAGUUAAUGUAAACAUUAGUGACUCGGUUUUAUUUUUCUCAUAAAAACUGUUUACACGCCAGAGGAUUCAUAUUUUCUUUCCCGAUUUACAGAUGUCUUUUACGUUUCAUGCCAGCUUUUGUUUUUUUUUUAGCAUUUUUAUUGAAAAAGUUAUGCUCUUAGUCUUAGACUAUGUUAGUUCAUUAUGCAUCAAAUCCUAAAGAUAGUAUAUCUCGAUAACAAACAAGAAAAGUAAAUUAAUAAAAAGAUUGUGUAAAUAAAAAAUCCAGUAAAAUGCAGCAAUAAUCAUUGAUGCAUUGUAGCUUUUCGAUCCCAUAGGUCCCCAAACUGCGCUGCGCUGAGUAACAUUAGUGCAUGAUAAAUGUAAUCAGUUAUCGAUCUUUUUAAUCAGAGAAAGACCCACUUGAUAACUAUACACGUAUCUGAUAAUAACAUGUAUCUAUAAAUUGUGUGACGCGUAAAUAUUUGGGACUGUUUCGUGAACUAUGCAUUCCCCGUAGGCGACAGCUUGGCUGUAUCUCUGGCAUUGCUGUAGUCCAUGGACGGCAGAUGCUGCUUACCAUCAGGCGGACUCCUUACUUGUUUGCUUACGAAGGCAAUAAAAAAGAACUAUACAUUUGAGGCUUUAAGAUGAAAUGUAAAGUUUUGAAUACUCUAAUGUUAUUAGGAAUUCUUCGAUAUUUCCUAGUUAGCAUACGUUUAAUAUACUUUAUUCUUAGAAGUAACGAUUUGAUUUAAAGACUAUAACUUCAAAAACGUAAGGACCCUUGCAGAUUAUAAAUAAUACAUAAAUAUGGUAUUGCACUAACAGGAAUAUCAAUUAAUUUGCAAAAUACAAAAAAACUAUCUAUAAACUAGUUAAAUAACGUUGAAAAUCAAUUUUAGGCCGAAAUCUAGUGACCAUCGACUACAGUUUGUUUCGGCAAAUCCAGGUCACCCAAAUGGCCAGCGAUCUAAAUUUUCAUGGUAUUUUAGGUAGAAAGAUUUGCGACUGCUUACAAUCAAUUAGAGUGUAUCUAGGUUGCCGUAGUGGUGAUUCGAGUUGGUAGAUUCUUGUAAUCUGGAUUUGCUGACAAACAAAGAGUUAUAAUAUACAGAGUGGACAUUGGGAAGGUUGUCUUACAAAAAUGUUGAUCAUGCGAUGGUUACUCAAUCUACCGUGAAAUAGCAGAACACCAAUGUAAAACACUUAUUUAUUCCCAUAUAGUGACUUGCAUGUUCUAAUGCGCAUAUAAAACGGACAUUUCAAAUAAGACAGCGACUUAUUACCAAUAACUUUUGGAGUUCAAAUUUGGUCCUGAUGUUCAAUCUAUAAUUAUAUUUAUGUCUGCUGACAAAAUAUAUUAGUUUUUCGACGUGCUGUUACUGAGGUCAUAAUUUAAUUUGGAAAUUAUUUCAUCACUUGCAAGACCGUGGUAAUUUUCUAAAUAUUAAAAGCAUACAUUGAUACAUUUUAACAAAACAACUUCAGCCUUGUUGGCCUUUCCCAUUAACCACAAGGUCAAUUAGUCAUAAACGGCGUCAUUGCGUCUAGUCAUAACUGCUACAAUAUAAUAGUCAUUAUAAUUGGAAUCACAUGAUUAGAAUGAUAAAUAUAAUAUGAUAGGCAAAAUCUAUGGUUUGAUAGAAACUAUAGGAAAGAGGCGUUAUCAUCAUCAUCAUCAGCCUACAGCUGUCCACUGCUGAACAUAGGCCUCCCCUAAAGCGCGCCACGCUGUUCGGUCCUCCGCUCUCCUCAUCCAGCGUCCACCGGCGAUCCUACGAAUAUCGUCGGACCAGCGGGUCGGAGGUUAUCAGUAGCACCUAUUUACAGUAUUGAGUUAUUACUUAACAUAUAGGUACAUACAAAGAUGAUAAAUCAUUGUAAGCAUACCUAAUUUCAAAGUACCUUAGCCGCCUUCUAAGAAACAUUGGUACGAAAUUAUUUUACUAAACGCGCAUUGUCUGCUUAGCCUAUAAAGUAAAAUACUGAGUGAUUUGAAUACGUAGUUGCAUCAAGUCGUAACGGGUUUUCAAAGCAUAGCAUCUUGAGUACACGAUCAAAUCCUAUAUUUAAAGUAAGAUUGGUGUUUUAUAUUUCGAAAAUUUUCAUUCAGCAUUAAGAGCGCCUGGGGGAUCUCAAUGUUACCAUACAUUAAACCGCCAAAAGUUGUAUAAACACUAAAAACGAUACAGAGCGUUCGAAAAUCGAUUUUUAAAAAACCCUAAUGGAUGGUGCCCGUCGAAGUUCCGUGUGGGCGUGGGUUGACCAUCUGAAAGAGUUCUCGUGUGUUAAGUAUGCAUUUUAUCUCGAUAACGGUAAAGUGUACCGCCGCGAGGACAGUGCGAUAUUGGUUUAUUAUUUAUUGAAAAACAAGACUUAAUGGUAUUGUCAUUGAGUUAAGAUUGUGUUUGUGUAAAGCAUUUUGAUAUAUUGGAUUGAUUCGGGACUCAAGAUAAGUAUGUUGUAUUUAAAACACGUAAAACAGAAUCUGAAGUAAAACUUUGAAAUAAAAAAUUAACUUAAAAUCGCGAAAAUAUCUCAAACUAAUUUUAUUUCAAUGUCUAAAAAUCGUGUAAAUAUAAGUAUUUUUUUUCUCAUUAGGGUUUCUCGUCCUAUAGGUUUUGCAAUACUUCAAAGUCAAAAUAUUCCUCUACAACUAAUCCAAAAAUAUUGCGCAGCAGUAUUGAACAUCCGACCGCAAAUUUUUCAGACUCAACUUCUUUAUGGUCCAUAAAAAAUCCACUCUUAAACAUUAGUCACUAAAUCAUAGUGUGGUCAUUUAUCUUGACUCAAAUAAGUCCGGACGAGUAUAUUUAACUCAUGUUAAAAGUCGUCCGACAUUUUUCAACGCUAUUUGAAUUUUCUGAUAUAAACGAUGCAAAACGUUUCGAGAUGACAUCAAAGUCGACUCAAAUUAAAUUGAUCGCGGCUUGUCACGGACAUGACGUAUUAGCGGAGCUAGAAAACAAAAUUCCGUGUUGCCAAUUAAGUAAAUUUCUACUAAUUCGGUAGGUUUUGAACUUUCGCUUUGUAAAUUCAUGAUUUUUAGAUGUAAGUUAUUUGUCAGUUAAUUGUCAUUUUCGUUUAUAGCAUCUUAUUGCUUUACGCAUCUAUCUUAGUAAAGAAAGAAUAAAUUGGUCCACAAAGACAAAAUAUUUAAGUUUACAGCGAAAAUAUAAAUAGUAAACGGCCCAACGGUCUAUCCAUCAUUAUGAACAAUGUAGUAUUAGAGAACGUCGUAAAUUUCAAAGAAUAUUUUGUCUGGGUAAAUAUUUCUAAACAUCGCUCGAAAAACAUUGUGAAACUGCUAAAUUUAACAAAUUAACGAGCAGCGUACGUUUUACACACUUUUUAUUACAACUUUAUUACUAAACGUGUGAUUUUAAUUAUUAUGUUUUUAUCAUUGGGUUCAUUUUAUUGCUCGCACUGACUUAACAUUACACGAAAUAUGUUAAAUAUUUGCUUUUUAAAACAUUUAUAGAACUUCAUUAUUUCUAACAUAUUUAUAUAAUUUUAAAAGUAUUUAGAUUCAAUAAAACCGUACUAGGCUUACGAGCGUACAAAAAUAAUGUUCCUGCGGUUUUUUGUGUACUUUAAACUAGCAAACAAAAACUUGCAUAUUACUCAAAAACGUCACUAAACACCACGAUGUGUCAGAAUCGGGUGGAGGACAUAGGAAAUUUGCAAUAAGGAAAAAAAUAAUUAUAAUAACUGCCUGACAAUACCGCAAAAUAUAGCCAAGCUUGACAAUCGAUUUUCAAUGCCUUUAAAUAAAUAAAGAUUAUGAUCCCUUCCAGCAACGCAAAUUACAACAAAGAACAGCCAAUAUUAUUUGAAUAAGAUGUAAUAAAUCCGCUUGUCAUCUUAAGCAACGGAUUAAAGAAUUCGAAGCAUGGUAAAAACUUACCUGACCCCGAUGUUAGUCACGGCGAUGCUGCGAUCUCUUAAAUUUUCCACUUACCAACUUCUGUGGUUUAAAAAUCGAUUGGCGCGUUGUCUUUGAAGGUGGACGUGGUUGCCAUUCUCAAGAAGCAUAAAGCAGAAGUUCACUAUAAUAUUAGUAAAAUAGUUUUCAAAACUCUAGAUUAUAUUUAAAUUAUCGUAAAUAUACUUUGUGGUUGAUAUAUUACUCAUGUCUUUUUUCAAAAGAACUCAUAAAUUUUAAAGAGAAGUAUUGUCAAUUAUUCGGUUUGCGAAAAAAUAACACUGAUUUAAAUUGCGGUAGAAACAAAAUUGAGUUGUUUUUUCAAUUUUAAUAAAUCUGGAACAUCGUUUUUACACGUUACAAAUCACGAAGGAACAAAUAAAUCUAUUUUAUAUUUUUAUUUUAUUUAGUUUCUAGACUUUAUGUCUUAAAUUCGUUGUGAAAGUUAUUUUUUUUCCUUAAUCAGUAUUACAGUUUCACUUUUGGCGAAUCGUUUCUUUCUUUUUUAGUUAGGAAUCACUUCUUAUUAGCUUUUUUGAUAAAAACAAUAAUCUUUAUCAAUCUGAACUCGAGGAUAAACCAACCAUAAAAAGCCUUGUAAACAUGACAAAAAAAAAAAAAUUAAAUUGAUUCAUUUUCACCUUGAGUCGAAAAAGAUGUAGAUUAUUAAUUGAAAACAGCGGUAAGUCUAUCAUAGUUCUCAAUUUGGAUUAUAGGCCACUGUUACCUUUAUUGUAAGGUUGGCCCCUGUUGCCAAUGUCAAUGGUUGGCUGCUAAUAGGUAUUUAGCCUGUUGAGUGGUACGUCCUAUGAGAAGUACAAUAGGGCAGUACCGACAAGGUAGGCAAUACCAACGAGUAGGUUCAAUCUUUCCACCUAAACAGAUGUUUGUACUGUGAUUCGCAAAUAUUUGUGUAGUGGGUGCUGUAAGACCGGAAGCCCUUAAUCCAAUACGAAAAUUGGUAACAUAGUGUGAAAUAAAAACUGUAUAUUGUGGCUCUUUUUAGAAAAAAAAUCAUGCUUUAACGAUUUCGUCACGAAGUAUAGGCCUAAUUUUUCUGAUACAUCUCUUAUACUAAGAAUAUUAUGUAUUUAUAAAAUUAUUUUAUAAAUGAUAUGACAUAAUUAAAGUUAUAUCUUAACGGUCUAAAAUAUUUUAAACAUUGCUCUGGGAAACUUUUAAAACAAUGCAUUAGCGGUGUGAAAUAUUUAUUCAUCAUAUUUGAAACAAACUCGAAAUAAUUUGAAACUCGAACGUUAACGAAAUAUUUUUCUUAAUAUUCUCUCUCACAUUAGUUUUUCAAUUAGUUGUGCUGUGUACUUAGUCUAAUAAUUGCCUGAUUAUAAUUAUUAAUUAUUAUUAUUAUAUAAUGAAAAAUGAUAACCUCAUUUUUGAAUCUCGACAGAAAAAAACAGUCCGCUAGUUUUUAAUGAGAAAAAAAUAAUUUUAUAUUUAAACUAAACUGUUUUAUUGGCGGAUUUUCGACCAGAGACAAAAAAAACUAUUUACAUUAAUAUUUCUACUAUUUAGAAAUAUUAUUGUAUCAUGGCAACUCUAACAGUCAAUAAAGAUGAUAUUCAAUAUGGCGGCUCAUGAGUCAUAUUAAGUAUAAUUCAAUAAAUUAUAAGUGUACAAGAAACAAGACUAUAAUUAUAUGAAGCAUGAAAUCACUUUAAAGAACUAACAUAUAAUUUACGAUUGUUGUUAUAAGGUCUUCAAUUUUGAUUAUUUCCAAACAAAAACCUGUCCAAGCAGGUUUACGUAUUGUAAUAGUAACUUGGAAUUAAUUUUUUACGGCAAAGUAUUGAUAGAAAGUACAAUGAACUCGUAUAACGAGGUUUUCUAGAAAGCAAAUUCGUGUAACGCGAUAAAAUGGCGACCAGUAUUCAGACAACGCGUAUUAUCUUAGCAUACACCAUGUAUAUAGAUUAUAAGUUGAUAUAUGUAGAUUAAUAAGUUCUAAAAUGUCAUUGCAACUUUAAUUUAGUUAAGGCAGAUUAUUUGAUUCAUUAUUCUUUUUGUCAAAAUAGAAAUCACAGCGGGUAGACCAUGGAAUUGAUUUUGAAAAAUUUCACUUCUAUGUUAAUAUUUGAAUUUUCCACUAAUUUGUUUGCUUUCGUGUGUUACGGACAAAGUCAAAAAUGCGCAUGUGUCAAUAACUUGAAGAAUUUUUCAACUGGUUUGAACAAGUCUGUCAAAGAAUCUUUGGUAUACUAAAAAGAAACAGCAUUUCUCUUUCUGAUUUAAUCUAGAACGGAUUGCAUUCGAAUUAAUUGUAUUAUCUUGAAAGUAUUGCAUCGCCUUUUUAUAGUGAAUACCAUAUUCGCCGCUACAACUUUAUAAUCGAUGCGAUUACAAUUUCUUUCACAGAUCUGACAAGCUUUACCUCAAAAUGAGCUAUUCGAUGACUAAUACAUGUCAAAGACAUAAAGGAUACAUCAUAACUUUGUCUUUUUACCGACAUCCGUUCAUUUCGCUACAUUAAUAACAUCCCGCUGUGAAUCUCAGAUAUUUCUUUUACCCUUAAAAACUCAAUUAACAUAACAACCUAGACUGAAACAGUGUUAACAAGGUCUGGUUAGCUACAGUGUAUAUGGUCAAUGGACCUGUUUUAAAUGUCAUAUUAUUAUGGCAAAAGAGGCUUGUUUCAAGUAAGGCGAAGUAUUCUCUAUUUUUUUUUAAGUUGUACGCCGUUUAACGUGUUUACUGCUUCGGGCUAACUUAGCUUCGACCAUUUACGCAUUAAUAAUGCUUGACUGUCAGCGUUUAUAGUGAAAUUCGUAGUCGGAAUAUUAAUUACGUACCACUUGAUAUUUAAAUGCAAUAUUUUUGUAAUAUGAGUGGAAUUUUCAUACAUAAUUAAGUUUUGAGCAGUAAUGAUUCACCAAAGAAAAACUUGGCGCAUUGUUUAAAUAUGACCUAUUAUGUCUUCGACCAAUAAUUCUACAUCACGACAAAAAUAAGGUUAUAAUAGCGCCAAAUAUAUUGUUUAUGUGACAUCGCGCCGCCCUCAUAUUAUAAUUCUGUACUUUUUAUGUCACUUCGUGAACAAUGUGCCAGUAUUUUUUUAAGUUCACACGUUUUGUUCACAGAUAAAAGACGUAACUUUUUAUGCCAAUGCCUUUAUCAAAUCGAUAAUGUGGUUAUCUGGUGAAUCAAUACAAUGAAAGCAAAAACUUCUCGUUACAUUCUGUUUACUGAACUUGUUACUUUUUGUCAAAUGUCAAUUCAGUGUUGCCAGAUGAAAGUACAAAAAAUUAUUGAACCUUGUCAUAUGAUUUUACUGCAAAAAUUAUGUUGAAAUAUCGAUUUUUUUGCCGAGCGAUAUUCAGGUUACUGGAAAUGCGUUUUUGUGAUUUCGUGCUUGCUAUGUAUGUCGAACUUUCUAGUAUAAUUCCAGUCUUGCCAGACAAAAACGUUGCCUCUGGUCGGAAAACGUUAAAAUAAUUGAUAUUAUGUAAGUCUAAAAUUAAAAUCUGUGACAUAUUUCUUUUAUAAUAAUGGAUAGUUAUUGUAUUGUAAUGAACAUUUAGUGGCUGGAAUGCGGAUUAUUUGAUCCUAUGACUUGUGCCUAGUUUUGUCAAAUGUUUGUUCGGGAACUCUUCUGUGAAAUACGUUCAGAAAAGUGCUGAAAAAAUGUUCCUGUAUUGUAUGAAUUAAAUUUUUAUUAGACAUUACAUCUCAGCUCCAUAGAGUAAGGUUUUAGCUCGAAUUUACUGGUAUCUACUCAGGUCUAUCUGGCAAUAGGGAAUAUUAAUCUUAUAAAAUUAUUUACCGUUACACCUAGGGGGUUCUAAACUCAAUGGAGAAGUCAUAGAGACGCCUAGAAUUUUCCAUGAAACAAAUUGUCUGGUUAAGAUCGCUGGUGAACUAAAAUUAAUUAAAAUUCUUUAUGAUUUUCAGUCCACUUGUAUCAAAAAAUUACUAGAGGAAUACUUUGUCAGGAACAAUGGUCUAAUAAUUAUUGAAAUUGGAUCUUCCUUUAUUGUUUUUUGGUAUAUUUUUGAACUACCAUCUUAUUAGAGCAGGAGAUGUGUUAAUGUCUAGCAAAGAUUUGAUUUAAAAUGACCAAAAAUGAAAUCCUUCAAGUAAUAUAUUGUUUGUAUACUAUCGAUUUUAUGUGAAUCAUAACUCAAUGUAUUCUGUAGCAGAGUUCUGGAACAUUAAUGACGAAAUUGAUUUGUUUGCUCAGUGAAGGUUGUAAAUUCGUGUGACCUUUGCCCAAUGAAUGCAAUUUGUUUUCUAUUAUUUUAUUAUUGUUUUCUAAUGAAACGCGAGAGGUGUAGUUUAUGUUUAACUGGAAUAAUCUAAGAAAUUUACGCCAUUAUGGAUAUGUAAAACCAUUACUAACGUCUGUGGUGUCUCCUUGGUGGUAGCAAGUUCGAAGCUUUGGUUAUAAAUUCUUGAACGCUGUUUACGCAACCUAUAAGUGUUCUUUUUCUUUUUAACUUGGAUGCUGGUGUAAAAAAAAAUAUUUUGUUGCUUAGCACUUAUGGUAAUCGCAAUUCAUUAAUUAUAUCAAAAAGAAACUUUUAUAGCAUAUAGUACUCUCCUUGCUAUCGUUUAUUCCAUUAUUAUUUUCAACUUAAUCUCAAUUACAUAAUGUCCUAUUUCGUGAAUUGCUUUAUAGGUAACUAGAGAAUGCUCCAACAAAAAUUUUCUCCAGUUCUCAUAUUAUAGCCAACGUGAGGCUACUUCAGGGGCCUUAUUCUCUAUGCCAUAUUUUAUUUUGACAGUGCGUUACAAGCACGUAGCGCACGUCGUGUUUAAUACAAUAGAAAUUGGCAUACAGAAUACCAUUCCACGCUAAUUUCACGAAGAUAACGUAACACGGUCGUGUUUGUAGUGUUUGUACACUGUCAUAGAGAGUAAGGUCCCAGCUUUAACCUACAAGGCUUUGUUUCGUGCUGGAUCAAUUAAUUUCGGCCUAUUUCAGAUGAACUCUGUUUCAGCUUCGUAUGACUUAGUUAAAUUAGUUGAUCUGCAGACUACCAGCUCAAGUAAGCUUUAUUUCUUAAUAAAUAAACGCGUUUUUUAUUCAAACAAAGAUGACUAUAAUAAGUCAUAUUUAGUAACCUCCCAGAUCUCGUAAUAUUGAGGGCAAAGUUCUGACAAUUUCUAAUGAAAGAGUUAAUUUACAUCUUUAUAACAGAAAAUGCUAUAACAGCGUUUAUUAAAAACAUAACUUACAUCUCUCGCGUCGGUGAAAAAUGUUCCAUUGAAAAUAUUAAAAUUGGUGCUAUUAGCGACGGCUAACUAUUGUUUAUUUUAUUUUAUAGUAUUUUUAUUUUAACAAUUUAGACUGAUUUUUUUAAUAAUUUCUAAUGUACUUAAAUUUUUUAAUGGUUAGUUAAACCAAUGUACUCGUGUAAAGCAUCAGCUACCUCUAAAACUUCUAAAAGUAUUUUUAUACAUAUACUAAUCUUAGAAUUAGUGAAAAUCGCAUACCAACCACUGAAUAGUCAUUCAGACUCUCCUCAAGGGUACAGAAUGUCCUAUCGUUUGAAAUACUUAAUAGGUUGUAGGAACGAAGACGUGUUAGUUAUGUAUAUUUUUUGCAGCUGUUCCAUAUGUUGCUGUUCAAAUUUUACAAGCGGCCAUAAUGUAUGUUUCGUGAUUGAUUUUUGAUAAACGUUACACGCAUGGUGAGGGUGGGGAUGUGAAAACAUUGAAAUUAAGGGUAUUCCUGGAAUUCCAGAGAAAUUGGCAAUAUUGAUUUCCGUUGAAAAAGUCUAGAAAAAAUUAAUGCAUCGUCUUGGCUUUUUGAUUUGUAAAUUUUGUAAAUAAUAAAAAUAGUCCACAUCUCCGCCUCUCCACCUUUAUGGGACGAAUAGAGGUAAAAUAAAAUUGUUAUUAAAAAUUCAUUUAUGAAAAUUGUAAAAAUAGUGAUGGAGGUUCGAAACUAAGUAAAGUAUUGGAAUAAGAAUGGAUCUUGUAAAUAUGUUGUUAUAUUAAGACGUAGACCCUGUAGGUAUUUAUUUGUACGAUUUCGGACCUUUGUUAAAAUCCAAAGUCUUUAAUUUAUUUUUCGACCAAUAAAUGUUGGAGAGAACUA